GACUUGUACAAGCUCGGCUUGUGCUUGUUUGUGGAGUCAGUGCUUCUGGGCCGCGAGGCCAACGCGCUGAUCACGCCUCACAUACUUAGAUAUGUGGAAGACCUCGAGUUCUUCUUCCGGAUUCCUUGGGGGAAGCACUCAUUCGCCAGACUCAUGCACUCGCUUCAGAAAGACAUGUUGAAACAGAAGGCCAACUUCGAGAAGAAGCUGAGUUCGGAUGUUCAGCACGAGUGCAAAUACACAGCAUAUGGCUUCGCACCUGCAAUCCAAUAUUGGGCGUACGAGGCCAUUUUGGAGGUUGGCAAGAGGUAUGGCACGAACCACGGGAUUCGGUUCCCCAGGAUGCUUAGCUGGACGAGCAAAGGCGAUAUUGGGAAGAAAGACGUCAGCGCAUUAUUUUCUAGACGGAAUCUGGAAGUGGUGAAGGGGCUCCUUCCACGGACAGAGGAGGAGGCAUUUGUGAGGACAAUAUCUUACGAUGGUGUGGAGAACCUGGUUGAUGAUGUUGUGGAUGACACAGAGGCUGAGGCAGGUAGUCAGGUACCAGAGACUCAGGUCCAAGACACUCAGGAAAGAGACACUCAGGCCACUGGUUCAGAACCUCAGCCCAGUGCACCAUCUGCAUCAGGCGUUCGGGGUGCCGAGUACACUGAUUUAGUGGCUCGGUUGGAUAGGAUCGAGGCUGACACUCAAGGUCUGUAUGCUUCUCAUGUCGAGCUGAAGAAGGCAUACGAGACCAGCCAUGUAGAGCUGAAGGGUGGUCAGAACGUAAUUAUGGAGCAGCUCAGACACAUAUUGGCCAUGUUGAAUCGUCCGCCAAGGACAGCUUCAGCACCGGAGGCCCCAGCAGAUCCAUCUACCCCACCACCAGCUGCUUCACCCCCAGUAGAAGAGGAUGAGGUCUUCCCCGACGAUUACGAUCCUUAUGAGGGAGCUCCAGCGACUCCGAUCGAGGCACAACCUCUUAUCCAUGUACAUGACACCGAGUCACAGGGUGAGAUUCUGUCCAUAGAGGCACAACCUGCAGUGGUUAAGAGUCGGAAGAGGAAGAGAAAGCCUCCUGUAUGGUUCGGUGACUAUACGGAGAUGAAGAGGAGACAUAGGCCAUCUUCGACUUUUGAUCCCCUGGAGCCACCGGAUGAGAAAUUGUUAACCACUUUCCGAAAGUGGUGUGUUGGACUCAUUCCGAACCACCGACUUCGGGAUUUGAGAAGUGGUGAUUACGGUCCAGGAUUCUUUUGGAUAAUGCUCACACCAAAGGAAUGGCUUACAGAUGACCAUAUAGAUGCAGCAAUGCAUAUGCUGAGGAGGCGACGCACCGACUAUCCACUGACAUUUCCUCAGAAGGGUAUCAUUCUCUCCACAUUCGUGACCGCCAUGAUCAGCAGUGCAUGGACGAGCCACAAGGGUCCGAGGAAAAACUUUAAAUGGGAGGAUUAUAUCCUGGACUACUGCACAGGGUUUCAUAAGUCCCAAGUCUUUGAGAGAUGGAGGGGUAACGAUUUUAUUUACUUCGUUCUGCACCUUCCCACGGCAAGACACUGGGUCACAGUUGAAGUCGACAUAGAGCUGUGGAAAAUUAAUGUCUACGACUGUGAUUCCAGCGUCUGUCAUUGGACCGCCAUGGAACCCAUCAUGAAGGUUUGGGCAGAACUGCUGCCCUCGCUAAUCCUUGCAACCAGGGAAUUUCCACAUAACAACCAGAUCAUGGCGUUAGCUAACGGUGACAUCACGGUGCUUCCAAAAAUGCACGCGACUCGAGCCACUGACGACUUAGUUCCGAAUUUGAAAUAUGGCCCCAAGAAAGAACGGCAAAUUCCCCAUCCUAACUCCUGCAGAGCUGAAGCAGGAGCCUGA